AUGUCUUCUACUUUAUCUUCUCCAACUGCUUCAACAUAUUCGGGUAGCUUUUUUGGCAGUACUGCAAAAAAUCGUCCUCCCGCAAACGCAUACAUUAAAUCUCAUAAAAGUGUUUCUUUCUCUUAUGCUGGCGACAAUACUUCUUUUCAACAAGGAAUACUAGGUGAUUCUGAUAGUUAUUUAGUCGGUACUUUACACUUAAAUUAUGGAAAACAAUAUCAAGUUAGAGAUAUUACCCUUAAUCUCAAAGGCACUGAAAAAACUACUUGGUAUCGAGCUCAAGCUAGAACAAAAGCUCUUUAUACUGGUGGUUUAAUGUCUUCUUCAACUCAAAUUGUUGAAAUUGAAUGUCCUCUAAAAAGAACUUUAACUUCAGACAAUUCAAAUAAUGCUUUAUAUAAAUUACGUGGUGAAUCAAAAAGUGGUGUAGAUUACUCUUUUAAUUUACCUGCAAAUAAGAGUUUUAACCUUGGUACUUAUGUCACUAUCCCCAUAAGAAUGAGAUUCUUACGUCCUGGUGUUAGUGUUGAAAGAAUUGAAGUUGCUUUAAAAAGUUGUAUGGAUUUUAGAUGUAGUAAUCCAAAUGAAACUCGUCAUGUUAAAGAAAAUGUUGUCUCUUUGGUUAUUCCACGUCAAGAAAUUAGAACUCAAAAUAUGGAUGGUGAAUACGCUCAUACUAUCAACUUAUUUAUUCCACGUAGCAUUCAACCUACCUAUUCUGGUCGUUUUAUCAGUAUCACCCAUCAAUUUUGUGUAAAAUUUUGUUUAUGGGGUGCAAACGAAGAUUUUCAAGUUGAAGAAAGUGUAAGAGUCGCUAAUAUUCAAGAGAAAUCAAAUAAUGAUCAAGAGAAACCUAUACAGAGACAUAUUCCUUCUCCAGAACAACCUUCUCCACAACUCAUUCCACAACAUCUUAACAGACCACAACAUCAGCCUACUGCUAUGGUUAUACCUUCCUCUGAUGUAUACCCAACUUAUGCCGAAGGAUAUUAUCCUGCUUAUGAUCCUGAUGAAGUUGGUACCGCUGUAUACUUAGAUUAUCAAAAUGAUUAUAAUUAUAAAUUAAACCUGCAUAAUCCUCCACAAACUCAUACUAUUGAAGCUACUCCAUAUGUUCAUAAUACUAAUAAUGCAAAAGAAGGCCUUGAUGGUUAUGGUGAAUUAUACCCUCAGGGUUUCGCUUUAAAUUCUAAUGACCUUUGGUAUAGACAACAAUUAGCUGCCAUUCACCAUCAACAACAAUUAUAUAAUAAAAAAAGUCAAAGUCCUGUUCCUGUUAUAAGACCUGCUCCUCCUCCUACAAGUCACUCUCGUCAUACUUCAAAUGCUUCGCAUCUUAAUGCAACUAAUAUGAAUGAUAGCGUGCUACCUCCUUCUCCUUCUAUAUCUCCUUCGAGAUUUAAUGCCAAUAACAAUUCAUCAAAGUUACCUCCUUACGCCACACCUGAACAGGUUUACGUUCAACAUUCCCCGAAAAUGGGUGAAAAUCAUCUAACUCAACAACAAAAGAUGAAUUUGGCAAAUAGAAGAGAGAAUAGAUUGGAAAUAAACACUACUUUGACACCCCGUGAAUCCUCUCCACCUUCUUAUAAGGAACGUUUAACCCCUACGCCUGAAGAUGUUUACACGAGCAAUUAUGUAUGA